AUUUUAAAAUGCGUGUUUGCCGAUUGGUUUUCCUUUGGUGUGGCGGAGGUGCAGUUUAGAUUCAAUUAAUUUUUUACUAAUUUCUUUUAUUAAAACGUGUAUCCGGGAAAUAGUGAAGUUAGCGCGCUAGCAUUUUAGUGAAAUUUCACUUAUAGUUCGCACGAGGUUCGCGCUAGUGAAGUUGGCUCAAAACAAAAGUGAAUAGCAUAGGGCUCCACAGGAGUCCUGUAAUUAUUUUUCUACUAAUACACAUUUCGAGUGUCGCAGUGCAGUGUUUUGUGUUGAUAAUUGUUUAGUGGGUGAUUGAGCCAACAUUUUCUUUUGGAUCAAUAGUCGUGCUAUGGCGCAGUGAUCAUGAGCCAAGGAGGGUCGAGAAGGCCCUAUUCGCGUUGGCACCCUCGCUACAAGGAUUACUGGGACUACGAACAAAACUACAGCGAUGGCAGCAGCGCCGGAAGUCCCAAGGAGGCGUGCGUGGCGCAGUCUCCGCCGCCCGUGCCGGCGAAACGUCAUCAACACCAUCAUCACCCGCAUCACGAGCAACGGCGGCUCAGCGUUGAUGUCCGAAUGAGCCCCGGCGCCGGAGCCGGUACGUCGACGGAGACGCCCCACGUGCAUCACCAUCUCAACCUGGAUACAAAUCCCUUAGAAGGUCCAGUUGAGUCAAUGGUGAGUGGGGCUGGAUCAUCUGAUGGUGAACUGUCCAGCAAAGCCGGUGACAGCCCCAGCAGGAAGCGGCGGCGGAUAUGCAGACACUUGUCCUCAGGUGAAAGUAAUGUAUCAGUGACAGCGCCCGCUGCCGAAAGACGACCUCCAAGACACCAAUAUCAUGCCAGACGUCGAGUGCGUUAUAUAAGCGGCGGCGGCAACGUGUGCACUCACCAGCGGAUAUUGGAACACACGCAGCACCCGGCGCAUCCGCAUCCGGCGCAUCAACAUCCUGUGCAUCAACAUCCGGUGCACCAGCAUCCGGUGCACCAGCACCCGGUGCACCAACACCCGGUGCAUCAGCAUCAGGUCCAUCAGCAUCCGGCUCAUCAACAUCCUUCACAUCCCCAUCAAACGCAUCCGCAUCCAGCGCACAUACCGCAUCCGGCGCCGUUGCUUCUCGAUAUCAACCAGAUGUCUCUGCGCGGCGCACGGCUUAACGCGCUGGGAGCAGGCGUGGGUUGGCACCCGCACGCACAUGCGCACCCGCAUCCACACGCACACAGGGAGCACGCGCAACGCACACAGGUGGCGAGUAUUGCUGGCGCUGAGCUGUGGCCCGCCGUACUACCUGCGUUGCCGCAUACACUUCGCUAUCAGAUGGGCGGGAUGUACACCGGGUUGCCGUACCACGGUAGUUUUGGGCCUCCGCCCCCUCCGCGAGGGCCCUUCGCAUCACCCCCUCAUCCGCAUACGCACUACAUCGCGAAUACACAGCGCGCAGAGGGCGGUCGGUUGGAUAUGUUGAGCGGAGAGGGAACUAUAUCACCGCUUCAAGCACAUCCUGAUCUUCAUCACGCGCCACUUUUGCUGGCCACUGAGACACAGCGUGCCCCAAUAGAGCUGAUGGCGAGCCACCACGCCAGACACGCCUUGUCGCACCAUCAUCACCAGCGCCGCAGCGGUGGGGUGAGCGUGAGUGGCGGAGUCAGUGUGGGAGUCGUCGCGACGGGAGCCCGAGGCCGGCCCUACGUGCGGAGCGCUCCUCGCUGGACCACGCACCCCGUGCACGUGCACGCACAGGGUGGCGGGGGCCUCGUGAACGCGAUACCGCAGCUGCACGUGACGCCGACUCUGUCUCUCCCCCCUCCGCCCCCCACCUACCAGUUAACACGCCUCAUGCAGGUGUUCCUCAACCUGUUGGCCAUGUUCCCGCUGUCGCCGUACGACGCGCGCAACGACGACGGCGCCGACUCGCCCGAGACCGAGAACUACGAGGCGCUGCUGUCGCUGGCCGAGCGGCUCGGGGAGGCCAAGCCGCGCGGCCUGGCGCGGGCCGAGAUCGACCUGCUGCCCAGCUACAAGUACUGCGAGCAGACGCACCAGGGCGAGCAGACUUCGUGCGUGGUGUGUAUGUGUGAGUUUGAAGCGCGCCAGACGCUUCGCGUGCUGCCGUGUGCUCACGAGUUUCACGCCAAGUGCGUCGACAAAUGGCUGCGGUCGAACAGAACGUGCCCCAUUUGCCGCGGGAACGCUUCGGAGUAUUUCAACAACUCGGAGUGACUCGAGCCAAAAUCGCCCUUAUCUUCACCAUGGUAGUAACUAGAAUGCUGCGCCCUCCGCCCAAUAUAUAUCUUUCUAACCGACACCAAAAGAGGGAGGUUUAAGUCUACUUUUAUCAGUUUUUCUUUUAAGCAAUCUUUUUAAUGGGUAUUUUGAUUUUUAUGAUUAUUAUUUUAUAGGAAAUACUAAGUUUGUCCAUUUCUCGAUUUAAAUUAAUCAUGAUUACAAGAUAUACAAGAACUACAAUAAAAAAUAUCGAUUAUCGAAUCAAAGGAUAUUAAUGAAUGGAAUUAAAAAUUAAACUAUUUAAGUUUGGCUACAUAUACAUCAUAAAAUUCAAAAAUAUUGCUUAGUGACAAACUAUUUGUUAUUUUCCUUUUCAACUACUUUUUCGUCGGUAUUUUAUUAAUAUUCAUAUUAUAUUUUGUAAAUACAUACUUAACUGAAAAAAAAACCAAUAGUAUGUAGGAAAGCUUUAAAACCGAAUUGUCUUUACAACUCGGGCGAAUCAACAUGACAAUAAUUUUUUUUAUAUUUAUAUCGAUUACUGGGAGAUCAUAAAUCCCUAUAAUCGAUCCAUAAAUACGAAAAAAUACCUAUGUAGAUUGUAGUUUUGUAGUUGAUAACAUAAAUAAAAUGUGCUAAUGUGCUCAGUAUAACUUAGAGUAAGAAUCGUAAAAUAUUAUUUUUGCAUGCCUACCCGGCAGAUUGUUAGCACCUAUGAUUAUAAUGUAACACCAAUGUACCCACUCAAUCUAUGCAAUUAAAUGACUUGAUUUGAUUUGAUUUGAGUAUAAUGUUACGCUGAAGUGGCUUAUAAAUUUUUAACAGUGUUAUAAUAAUUAACGUUGAAAGUUUACAAUUUUAACGAGUAACCCAACUCUACUAUCGCCACUGGCCACGCAAGGCGACUGUCGAUACCCAGCGAGAUGUCAUGUUCAUUCGCUCGGCUUGUAUAUGAAAGCAAUUAUUAUUGUAAAGUAGUUUUACAUUACAUUUAUUUCACAGUUUUGCAUUAAAAAUAGAAUAAUUUUCUGUAUUUUGACAUUACCAUAGAGUUUGGUCUCACUUUGUUAGUAAUUGUAAUUUAAUCAAUGGAAAUAACGUUAUUUUUAAUGAUAUUAUUAUAUAACUUUUGGACGGAUGGGUUAAAGCAUUUAUUUGUAUUAGAAUAAGGGCGAUUUCAAAUGUGCCAGAAAGCUCAAUUAUAACGCGACGGUUUUUCCUGAUUUUUUCACAAUAUCCUUUUCAUUUGCAGUUAUAUAAUCUAUGUUGUGUAAAAAUCACUAUAGUUUGAUAGUUGUCGUCGAAUUAGUGUCUCCUCGUUAACGUUUGUAAUCGUUUAAAACCGUCGCAUUUUUGAUCGCAACGUCGCAGUUACCGACAAAGCAUCUGAUUCCUGUCCGUACGUACGGCCUUAGUCGUGUGUUAGAGCUAGUGUGUGUUUUGUAAAUAACAAAUUAGUCUUUAAGUAUUUUUUCAUUUGCACUAUUUUUAAUACAUAUCGAUUUAAUACUCUGCGGCUUACGGAAUAACGUUCUAUUUCGUCUAACCGGGUUCUCGAAUUUUCCGCCACCAUUGGUCUUAUUUUCAUGUUUUUAGUAAUAGCGCCAUCUUGUUGGAGAUGCGGCAUCAUACACCGACCAAUCAGAGAGCUAUUAGUCUGUCGUGCGUCCUGAUUGAUCCAUUCUUACGUCUAACAAAUGCAAGAUAGAAAUGGAGCUUUAGACAAUAAUAAUCUUUAAUUUCUGAGUUGCAGAGCGCUAAUUGUUUCAUAUAUAUUAUAUUACGAAAUGAGUUUAAGGUAAGAUAGCGUGCGUAUUUUUCUGCUUUAACCGUUAGUGCGAGAAGAAUUAUUCGAAUAUAUUUAGAUUUGGCGUACUGAUGUGCUUUUGUGGUGUGGGAAGUUGUGUGCAGUGUGAGUUUCAAUCGGUAUUGUUGAUACAUUUAUCGGUAAUGUGUUCAAAAUUAGGGAUACUUCCUGUGCCGGGUUCCGUACACACGUUUGACGCGCCAGCGCUUUGCGGUGUGUCGCGUGCUUAAACUAAAGCAAUAAAUAGUUUUAAUUAAAGUAACAGUAGAUUAUCCGGAUCGAAGGACCAUAAAAUUUUUCAUAUUUUAUACAAUUUAUUAUACUUACACUGUUUGGCUCUGCGGGUUGGGCUGUUUCAAGGAGUGAGAGACGAGUAGUGCAGAGUUCAUCGUCUCACUCGCAUUACAUUACAGAAAUUAUUACAUGUGGUUUGUGCUUUCUUCGUUGCAUUUACAGACCUUGCAACUUACAGGGUUGUGCAAGAGACGUAUGAACCAUAGUACUAAAAAAACUCGCCAAGUGCGAGUCGGACUAAUUACUAGAAUAGUUUUAAAUUUUUGCCGAAAAAGCCGGCAAUGCUCGUAUGAUUCAUUGCCCGUAUUCGAUAAAAAAUACACGGCAGGUCCAUACGUCUUCCUCUAAAACUCAAGUGCGAAAAAUAUUACACCACGCGCGUGUAGAAAUGUUCAAGUACCGUCUACCUGCAGGGACGUUCAUGUAAAUAGUUUAGCGGUGUGCUUUUGUACAGUGUAAUAAUGGGUGUGAAGCAAAUAUUAGGGGGUCUUUUACGGUGUUUUUUUCUUUAUCUCUAGGCAGGCAUAAUUUUAAAAGUUUUACCAUAGAAUAUUUCCGAACCUAGCCCAUAUAAGCUUACGAACCCCUUAUUCGCCUUAUUAGGUGUAAAAUUGAGAUCGCGAAAGUAAUUUCAUUGCCGGCUCACAAUUAUAGUAACGCAGUUAUUAAAACAAACUUUUACAAUAUAAUUUUUUUAAUAUUUAUAAGUUCGGUAUUGGCCCGUAUAAAAGCUCUUAAAGCCUAAUUCUUGGGGUAAAGUUUUAUAAAAAUCAAGUCAAAUCAAGCCAAUAGAGAAAAUAAUAUAAUUGCAGGCGUUCUUACAAUACCAGUUGUACCGGUAGCCAAAAUAAGUAAUACAAGCUGUGAUCGUGUACCAUUUCGUUUUUAUUUCGUUAUUUAAAUUUUAGAUUAAUUUAUUGCAGUGCAGAUUAAAACAAAAAAAAAAAAUACUGCAUUACAAUACUGUGUGAGUGAGAAAGAAAACUAUGUGACGUCAUUUAAGAUUAUUUUCUCUAUUGACACGGCUUUUACGUAUACAUACAUAUUCAUUUCCUACUUUAACAGAAAUGAAGAAGUUUAACCCUUAUUUUAUCCCCUAAGGGUAAUUUUCAGAAAUCCCUUCUUAGUAAUUUAUCUUGUUCACUUUAGUAAUUUGAGGAACAUUUGUGCUUAAUUUCAAGUCUUUAUCAGCAGCGGUUCUACAUUGUUUGAUUUCAGCGUUGAUAAAAUUAUCAGUCAGUUGUGACAAAUAAUGCCUGAAAUUUUCAUCAAAAUCGGUCCAGCCACUUUUGAAGACCUUAGGAAAAAUACACAUCGAUUUUUAUACAGUAGGUUUAGAUUUAUUGUCAUGAACGUCAAGAGAAUUUUUUUUUCGAAAUUGAUUCCUUGAGAAAUCUUCAAGAUGCCAAAUUUAUUUUCCGCUCUUUUUAAAAAUAAUUCUAUUUAGCUGUGAUCAAUUAAUAUCAGCUGAUUAUAAUAAAACUGAAUAAUUAAAAAUUACGUCCUCUUUUGUCGUACGAUCUAAACUUAUUUAUUUUCAACUGAACUAACGUCAAUUUCUUAUGUCAAUUACUCUUACUUUCGUCGCGAUAUGACGUCAACGGCAUAAGGAGAUAUUUCUUCUUUCGUUUGCUCGGAGUGAUGCCAAAUUGUACCAACUGAUUUCCAGGAAAUAUCUAAGUUCGAGCUGUAAUUACAAUGACCAAUUUAUGCCAUUCAGAAUGCCCUCGCCACCAUUUUUUGGGUCAUGUUAAUACUAUCUAUACUGAAAUGUAUUUUGAUUUUUUGAGCUCCUGUUACCCUAAACGGGUCUUAGUUGUUUCGCCGUCAGGGUUGGCUUUGUGCUUGAUUCUUCAGGUCUUCGAAUUACCCUUCGCUUCUUCAAAUAUUGCCAUUAAUUACACUGCACGUCAAAUGUUUGGAAUGGGAGUUUUUUUUAUGGCCGGAAUUACUUUGUUAGUCGGGGUAAAAUUGAUACAGAAUUUAAAAUUCAACCCAUAAACAAAAUUGUAAUUAAUCUGCUAUUUUUCCAGUACAAAAAUUAAAUGUUAUUUUACGGCCCCAAACUAGGCAUUGCCAAGUUAAGAUCCGGUCCAUGACACGAGAAACAACACACAUAUUCAUAAUACAAAUGUUUGAUCGUAUCGGUAUUCGAACACGGGACCCCCAGCUAAGAAGUCAGGUUCAGUAAUUACUGGGCUGUGGAGGUCGUCACAUCGUAUUCGUACCUAGUUAAUUUUCUGUGCAAUAAUAUAAUUUGUUGUUUUGUUUUGUUGAAUUUGUGUCCUUUUGAAAACUCGUAUGUAUAAUAUUAUUAUGGUGACGGUAAACGGCGCGAGGUUCAGAUCCAUGCUUUGUCACUUAAAUGGAAAGCAAUUGACAGCGGCAUGGCUGACACUGACUUUGACAUUGACAGAUAAUCCAUAGAUUUACGGAGGCCAAACAUUACGCCAGUAGAAAGCUGCCUGAAUGAAUCUGUCAUCCUAAUGAACGUUCAACGGCUUAAUGCGAGUACUCUCUAGAAAUAAUUGCAACCAAAUUCUAAAAAAGUAAUUUGCCGUUUAUAAUCACUUGGUCCGUGUUGACUCAACUAGAACUCCGCGUCUUCUAUCCGAUGUUUACUCGUGUGAUUUCAUGGAAUGAUAAAUAUACUUACCUGAUGAAACUCGUUAUCUAAUUGGUGGAAACUGGGAAAAAUAUCUACCGUCUAUUUUAAGCGAAUUGUAGUUUAAGCUGCUGUUACCAUAGAUGUAGAGAAUGGACUAAAUAUUCCGUAUUCAGUUCUCGACCCCAUGAAGAAGUUUGAGAUAGAUUUACAAGAAAAAUAACUGCCGUUUUCUAUAUUUCAGUGUGGCCAACGUACAAAAAUAAGACAAGUACUGUCAGCCAAUUCGCUUUGUCGAUUACCUGCGGGUGAUAUGUUAUGUGCGAGCAUUGUUUAGUCCAUUCUCUGUGUACUAUAAGUGUAACUAACACAGCGGUAUGUCAUAGUAUAUGAUAUUUUUGUUCCACUACUUAACGGGGUGCGGUAAUUUUUUAGUUUGUAAUUUCGAACAUAAUAUACAAUAUGAUUUUUGUAAGAUAAGCUCGGCUUCCAUUUAUUUUUGAUUAGUUAAACGUAGUUAUAUGUUAAUAUGUUGUAAGUUUUGUGUCGGGGGCGUUGACGUCACAAGAUGGCAUUCUAUGUUUAUAGUCUAUGGCUCUUUCAAGUUGAGACAGGGGUAGUAGUACAAUUGGACUUAAUCCGCGCUUGGUUUUCUUUUAGCUUUAUUAUUUGUUUUAUAUUAACGCUGCAACAUGAUAAAUUUAAUUUGCCAAAAUAUAUUAUUUUAUUUGUUGUACCAUAAACUUUUUUAUUUUGGUCGUUAAAGUGACGUCAUUCGCUCCCAUCACUCUGUGCCAUGCUGUGGGCCCCAUGUUUACCAUUUUUCUCAAAGUACCCUCAUUUUAAACACUUAGACCAAGGAUGUGACAUUGCAUUAUUUUUACAAUAUUAUUAAUACAAUUUUGAACUGUAUUAAAUCGUAACGAAAACGCUAUAAAAGAUGAAAUUGCCACUUAGUGCACACUCGAAUUCAUACUAUAAAUGAUUUUAGUUUCUAUAAUUUUUAUUGUAUAAUAAUUACUUAUUCUAAUGGAAAAGUUAUUUUCAACUAUACUAACAUACAUUUAAUUUUGUUUAUUGUAAAGUAGCUUUCUAUAUCAAUCAAUAACCCAAAGAUAUAUUACGAAAAGAAAGUAAUUUUUAAGGUACUUAAUCAAAAUUGAUUCUAUAACUACCACACUAAUAAUUAUUAAUCCCUUUUUAUUCCAUUUUUAAUUUCCAUAUUUUUGAGUCGAAAUAACGUAUAAAUAACAAUAAAUAUUCUUAGUAAGGAAUAGGCGUUCGGGAAACUUCAUUUUUUGUCUUAUAUUAAGUUUUUUUUAAUUAUUGACAUGCAUUAUAAUAAUUCGUUUCCAAAUAUAUUUUUCAGGGGUUUUGUGCCUUACUUAAAUACAAUUUUAAUUCUUACGCCGUUCCAAAAAGGUUGUAUUUUCGGGUAACUUAAAACAUUGUUUUACCCGCAUACAGUUCCUGUUGUCAAAACAAGUUACCCUAUGUAAAAAAAUGUUGAGAUAAAUAAUAUAAUCACAAGUACAAAUGUAUGUAUUAUGAAAAUUUCUAAUACAAUUUGAACGCAUGUCUAAUAAUAGCCAGUAACAUAAUAUAGUCUUCCUUAUUAUAUUAACGCUUCUGUGUUAGAAUCACAAUUUAUUUUUAUUUUAAAUUUGUACGUUUAGCGAUUAGUUUAAUUUGUUUUUCUUUUCAUUGUGUAUUAUGUGCCUUCGUACGAACAAAAAUUUCGUAUUAGUUUAAUUUCAACGUGUUUAUUUUUAUUGUUUUAACAUUUCUUAUAUUGUAAUGUAUUUAGGUGAAAUUAUGUUAUGCUGCUAACUGGCUCGCCUUUUCUACUAUCUGUGAUUCUUGCAAUCUUACUCUGUGGUCAGCUGUCAGAGUUGGCGGUGUGGCGUUGACAGCUGUCACGCGCCAGCCAAGUACCAAAGCGUUGUAAUAUGUAUAGUACGCCCGACCGGUGUUGCUCGUUGAUGUUUUCUGUUGAUGGAUCGACACGGGCCGGGUUCACUACGUCCGCCUCAUGUGCUCAGUCGUUUUUAUUUUAUUAAAUGCACUGCUAUUUUA